ACUCAAAAGACGUAUUGAUUACGGUUUGCACAGAACAAGUUCAGAUUCCUACUAGUACUUGCUGAUAAAUCCAAAGUUUCUCUCUUUACUAACAACUCCCCAAAAACAAAACCACCUUCAUCACCUCAACUCAAUCUAAAAGUUCAGUUUAAUUCUAAGUUUCUUUAAUUAUCCUUACUACUUCAAUGGCAGCUUGUAUUUUGAGCAAAUUAAUGAUCUUUUUGUCAUUAAUUUGCAUAAUUUCAAAUGCCCAUUUACAAUCUAAAGAAGAUGGAUUCAUUUCUGUAUCAAUUUCUGAAAAAGGUCUUGAAUUUCUCAAAGAUUUGUUGACAGAAAAGGCAGUAUCUUCUCUCACCCCACUUGAACUUUCUCCAAUUGAAAAAACUGUGAGAAUUCUUCUUAUUGGAAGAGUUAAAAUUGUUCUUUCUAAUAUCAUAAUUUAUCAUAUUGAUGUUCCUUACUCAAAUGUUGAAGUGGGUGAUGAUGAAAUUACUAUCAGUGCUUUAAAAGCAACUGCUAAUUUAAGUAUGGAUUGGAAGUAUACUUACCAAAAUUGGUUUGUUGAAGUUUCUGAUCAAGGAAAAGCUUCUGUUGAGGUUGAAGAUAUGAAAGUGGGUAUGAAGGUAAGCUUGAAGAAUCAAGGUGGUGCUCUUAAGUUGUCCCUCGAGGACAGUAAAUGUGACAUAGAAGACGUUGAUAUAAAGAUGGAUGGUGGAGCAUCAUGGCUUUAUCAGGGGGUGGUGGAUGCCUUCAGUGACCAUAUCGAAUCUGCAGUUGAAAAUGGUAUUUUAAAGAAACUUACAGAAGGGAUCUCGAAGAUUGGUUCAUUGUUGCAAUCUCUUCCUACAGAAAUUAAAGUGGAUGAUACUUCUGCACUGAAUGUUACCUUUGUUAGUGAUCCCAUCUUUAGCGAUUCUUCAGUUGGUUUCAUUAUAAAUGGAUUAUUUGUUCCAAUGAAUGGAGCUCUGACCACCCCAUAUCGGCACCAAAUAUCACAAGCUUCAGUUCCGUGCUACACUCCUGCUAGGAUGAUAGCAAUGUCAUUGCAUGAAGAUGUAUUUAACUCUGCAUCUUUAGUUUAUUUCAAUGCAGGGCUUAUGCAGUGGAGAGUUGACAGGAUUCCAGAUCAGUCUCUCCUGAAUACGACUGAGUGGAAAGAAGUUGUACCCCAACUUUACGAGCACUUUCCUAAUGCUGGAAUGGUUUUGGACAUAUUGGUGACCUCUCCUCCAUUUGUGCAUGUUUUUGAUGGUGAAAUGGAAGCAACUAUCAAUACAGAUGUAACAAUUGAUGUUGUGAGUGAUGCGGAAGUGAUACCAGUUGCUUGCGGAUCUGUGGUGAUCAGCGCUUCAGGUUCUGUCGAUAUCGCGGGGAAUAACCUGACUGGUGGCAUUGAACUGGAUAAGUUUAAUUUAUCAGCUAAAUGGAGUAAAAUUGGUGAUCUGCAAAUUGAUGAUAUUAAGCCAGUAAUUUCGGAGGUUCUAGAUGAUGUCCUGUUGCCGCGGUUGAAUCAAUUACUCGUACAAGGAUUUCCUUUGCCCUUGAUUCAUGGCUUUACUGUUGAAGAUGCUGAGAUUGUGUACUCUGAUUCUGUAAUUACUGUUUGCAGCGACGUGGCAUUUGCUGAAGAUUAUAAGCUUCCAGCAAAGUAUAGCAUUAGUGAUAUAUUCCCUUUUCGUUUGUUCAUGUAAUCAUGUAAAAUGCACUUCGUUAUCCAUUGUGGUGCUGUAGCCUGUAUGUACUGUAACGUUUUGCAUCUGUAUCUGCCUUUUUGAAGGAAUAAACAUGAGGGUGAACUCCUUGGAAUGAAGUUGUGGUGUUGGAGCUCACCCAACUUUAAGGUAAUAUGGACUUGCAAAUAUUAUUUUAUAGAUUA